AUGGCCGUGAUCACCUUCACGCCUCUCUACGGCGUGCACUCGAGCGUCCCGUGCUGCGCGUACCUGCUCGAAGUCGACGACGUCUGCAUCUUGCUCGACUGCGGCUGGACAGACGAGUACGACGUGGAGAUUCUGAAGCCGUUGCAGCGCGUGGUGGACCGCAUUGACUUGGUUCUGGUAUCGCACUUGGACCUGGCGCACAUGGGGGCGCUGCCGUACGCGAUGGGCAAGUGGGGGCUGAACGCGCCUAUUUAUGGCACACUGCCAGUGCACCGCAUGGGCCAAAUCGCUCUGUACGACGCGUUUCAGGCCAAGACGAAGCACGAGAGCGACUUUGCGCUCUUCUCCCUGGACGACGUGGAUUUGGUGUUUGAGAAGUUCCAGCAGCUCAAGUACUCGGAGAAGCUGACGCUCACGAGCUCAGGGGAAGGCAUUGUGAUUACGCCGCAUGUAGCAGGGCAUCUCAUUGGCGGCGCGUUGUGGCGGAUCAUGAAGGAGACGGACGAUAUCAUCUACGCUGUAGACUACAACCACCGCUCGGAACACGUGCUACAGAAGACGAUCUUGGACUCGUUCACACGUCCCACAUUGCUCAUUACAGAUUCGAUGAAUCUACAUCGAGAGCAGCCCAAGCUAAAGGACCGAGAUAGCAAGAUCAUGAUGGAGAUUCUGAAGACGGUACGGAAUGGAGGAAACGUGCUGAUUCCGACCGAUAGCUCUGGCCGCGUGUUGGAACUGAUGCGGGUUCUGGACCAGUACUGGAUCCACAACAAGUUACGUGAUCCGAUUGCGCUACUUCACGAUAUGAGUUACUACACUCCUAAGGCUGCACAGGCAAUGCUGGAGUGGUGCAACGACCGCAUCGCAAAGAACUUUGACGUCGGUCGGCAAAAUCCGUUCCAAUUCUCGCAUAUUCAUCUGGUCCACACGCUGGAAGAACUAGAUGCCCUACCAAGCCCGAAGGUGGUUUUGGCUACUUCGCCGAAUCUGGAAUGUGGUUUCGCAAAAGACAUAUUCAUUCGUUGGGCUCCUGGUCCCCGGAAUAGCAUCAUUUUCACGUCGACUACACCGGAGACAUCUUUUGCACAUCGCGUACUGACACUCGCGAAAGACCCAUCAGCAGAAAAGCACAUCUCAUGCACAGUGACGCAGAAGGUGUUUCUGGAGGGAGUGGAACUUGCACUGCAUGAGGUGAAGGAACGGAAACGUCUUCGGACGGAAGCAGAAAAUAAAGCGAAGGAGAUGGAAGAGGCAGCUAUGGAAGACAUGAUGAUGGGGAUCGAAGACUUUGAAUCUGAGUCAGAAGAAGAGGUCACCACAAAGCCAGAAGUCCAGCUUCGAGGUACCUACAAAGUCGGCUUGGGACAGUUCGCAUCAGUUCGGUAUCCGAUGUUCUUUGCCGUGGAACCGAAGAUCGAGUACGACGAAUACGGAGAGAUCAUCAACCCUGACGACUACAAGGACGCUUCUUUGUUGGCAAGCCGUCAGGCUCGUCGCAACCUCAUUGAGGAUGCCGACGGGGACGUGGACAUGGACAAAGCCAACGAGGAAGCUGCUGUUGAAACUCGACCUACCAAAACCGUGACGAACAAAGUCGUCGUCAAUAUCGCGGCCCGCAUUACGCAAGUCGACUUUGACGGGAUCGCAGACGGUCGAGCCAUCCGAAACUGUUUGGGCAACGUGAAGCCUCGGAAGCUCAUUCUAGUUCAUGGCACGGAGACCACGACGAACGAGCUCAAGAAGUUUGUGGAAUCGUCGAUCCCGAUGUGCGAAGCCGUGUUUACUCCAAACGUGAUGGAGUGCAUUGAUAUCGAGUCCGACACGAACGUGUACAAACUGUCCGUGAAGGAGUCGUUGUACACGUCUGCAGUGUUCUGCAAGGUCGGUGGCCACGAAGUCGCUUAUGUCACUGGUCAGCUCUCUCUGCCGGAGAAUAGUUCCGUGCCAGUGCUACAGCCGCUCAACGAAAACGGCGGCCAGACAACGCACGACCCAAUCUUGCUGAGCGAUGGCAAGAUGAAGCUGGACGUGAUGAAGCAGGUGCUGGGCAAGGCAGGCUUUCAGGCCAAAUUCCGUGGCGGGAUGCUGGUCUGCAAUGACGGCGUCGUGCUCAAGCGCGCGAUGAACAACGAGAUCGUGAUGGAGGGCACGCUGUCCCGGAACUAUUACCGCAUCCGUGCGCUACUGUAUGAGCAGUACACGCUCGUGUAG